AAUUCCUCCAUCCACAAGACACAAGUACCAAAAUUUAAGGACAAUAACCAGGUUUAAUUUAGAUAUGGUGUGUCCCAAACGAGACCAUAUAGCUUAACUAACUUUUUGCCAAAAAUAUCUCCUGAUUCAUUGGAAAGGUAAGGAUCCACGUUCUACAAGAAUUACAAGACAUUGAUAGGUAUAAAAUAUUUGCUAGAGAUGCAAAUGUGAAAUUUUCUCUGAUCCAAAUAAGACAAAACGAAAACAUGGAUUCUGGCAUGUCCUGGGCCGAUCAAUGGGACAACAACCCAGACCCUGAACCGGCAUCAGAGAAAGACAAGAAGAAGGGCAAAGAUGGGUCGAGCAAGAGCAAAUUUGGGAAGACUGUGCUGAGCUUCAAAUGGGUGAAAGAACUUCGCAAGAAAAACAACAAGUGAUGACAACAUUGUCAUGGUAUAUAUUUACUAUUUAAGAAGCUUCCUGGCUCUUCGAAAUUAAGAACGUAUAAUAAUGUAAUCGACCCUGUCCUUGUGUGAAACUACCAUGUUAAAUUAAAUAAAUUUUUUCUUUACUUUAUUUUAUUUGUGGCCUAAA